UCUUCGGUAGUUGACCUUGCAUCAAGACUGGAUUGAGACCUCUUGCGUUUCUACCCGUUUAGCUAUUUCAUAAGUAUAUGGGGUUUCCAAAUGCCGGUCUCUUAUCCGUCACAGGAUUCUUUCCUGAUAACAGAAUCGCCCUGAGGACCCCUCCUCUUAGAGUAGACCCCUUUUUAAACUGACAGUGAAAUUUUAUGUGUCUUAGUGAAAUAACUUUUAAUAAGAGCUUAAAACACUAGUUAAAAAAAAGGAGGAAAAAAUCUGCAUGUGCAACAAAGCCAUGAUUUGAAAACCCCGCAUAUCCUCGUAUGGUACGUACUGUGUACAUGCACGUCACGCGUGUACAGCGAGUUAUCAGCUGUCUUUUUCACGCUCGCUUGAAUGUGUGGUGCAUGGUGUGGGCGGGGAACAGACUGGACGAAGCUCGCCGGCUUCCUCAAAAAUCCAUAGGCUAGUCCCUUCUUUUGAGUUUUCACUAGUUUUCUGACCGUUGAACACUCAGUGCGACAGGAUAAGAAAAGGCUGGAGGAACGGAAGAGGUAAAUGAAGGCACGAUACACCCCUUGUUUCAAUAAUUACAAAGCAAACAUGGUGUUUCUCCGUGGAGCAACCACCACGAUGCAGAAGCCGGAGUGCGAAGUGGACAAAAACGGAGCGGUAGCCGGUGUGAAGAUGGCGAACGGGUUCGACGGCUGCAGCUCAGCGGUGAGGAAUGGAGCAGUGCACGGUAUGAUGAUGGCCAACGGCAAUGGGGUGCACAACGCUGGGCUGACCAACACCUAUGCUGUAUGUAAUGGCAAGAUGAAUGGCUAUGCCAAGACUGAGAGUGUAAAACCAAAUGGCACAGCAGUGAGACAGAGGCCAAGGGAAAGCAAGUUUGAAGAGGUUUUUGAAGAGACCCCCUUGCAUGUUGCCGUCAUCACCUACUUCGGCUUCCUGGUUCUCAUUCUGGUGGGCUACAUCAAGGAGCAUCUCUGGAGACUGGGAAUCAUGAAGAUGCCUGGUGCUCAGGAGUCACCCAAGCUCAAAGACUUUGUGCCGCUGUUUUCUGAUUUUGUGAAUUUCUUUGCCCGCAAUAUCUACAUGCGAGGCAGAGAUUGCGGACACGUCCCGAUAGCCAGUUUGCCUGGUCCUGAGGUUGACAUCAUGGAGUAUUCCACACCAGACAACAACUGGACUCUUAAUUUUACAGGAAGGACUAAGAGAAGUAUCAACUUGGGUUCCUAUAACUACCUGGGAUUUGCUGAAAACUGUGGGCCACGAUCAGUGCAGGUGGACACAAUAACAAGACAGUAUGGAUCUGGUAUAUGCAGCCCAAGACGAGAACUAGGUAAUUUAAAUAUCCAUUCUGAGUUAGAUCAUCUUGUCUCUCGCUUCACGGGCAAGGAGGACGCUGUCACUUUUGCCAUGGGCUUUGCCACUAAUGCGCUCAACAUGCCGACGCUGAUAGGAAAGGGUUGCUUGGUAGUCAGUGACAAACUGAAUCAUGCAUCUAUUGUACUGGGUGCCAGGUUGUCAGGUGCGGUAGUCCGUAUAUUUGAACACAAUGACAUGGAAAGCCUGGAGAAAGUCUUGAGGAAUGCCGUUGUAGAUGGUCAACCUCGUUCCCACAGGCCCUGGAAGAAGAUUCUUAUAGUGGUUGAAGGCAUAUACAGCAUGGAGGGCUCAAUUGUGUGUCUUCCAAAGGUGGUUGCUCUCAAGAAGAAAUACAAGUGUUAUUUAUACCUGGAUGAGGCCCACAGCAUUGGAGCAAUGGGACGUACAGGACGUGGUAUCGUGGAGUACUUCGGUGUCAACCCUGAUGAUGUUGAUGUCAUGAUGGGAACAUUCUCCAAGAGUUUUGGCGCCUGUGGAGGAUACCUCGCUGGCAGUAAGGAUUUGAUAGCUUGGAUUAGAUCCAAGUCUCAUAGUGCCGCCUAUGGAUCCCCUAUGGCUCCCCCCGUAGUACAACAAGUCAUAGCCAGUAUGCGAACCAUCAUGGGAGAAGAUGGCACAAGCAUUGGAUCGAAUCGCAUUAGUCGUCUGGCUUGGAAUACCCAGUAUUUUCGCCAUCAUCUGCGAGAGAUGGGGUUCAUAUUUUAUGGCAACCAGGACUCACCUGUCAUUCCGAUUGUGAUUUGUGUGCCAGCCAAAGUACCGGCAUUCAGCCGAAUGUGCCGUAAGCGUGGUCUUGGUAUCGUUGUCUGCGUAUUUCCUGCUACGCCACUGGUUGAGAGCAGGGCAAGAAUCUGUCUAUCAGCAAGCCACACCAAGGAAAUGCUGGAUAAGGCUCUGGAAAUCAUAAGUGAGGUGGGUGACUUGUUGAGCUGUAAAUUGUCCAAGCUGCCUAAACCCCCACCAAGGGAAUGGACCGACCAACCUCCACUUGUGGAGGACUAGAAUCCCUUCUGAUGUAUGCACAUGGAGUCCAUCCAGCCGGAAUCUUGGUGUUCGUAGAUACUCCAGCCUGAAGUAGUGUCUUUUGUUUGGUUUUCUUGGUCGUAGCAGCAUAUCCAUAUCUGUAGAAAUUUGGCUUUUUCUCUUGCCAUUCUGAAAUAAAAUGGCUCAUUAGCCAUAGUUCCUGUCAAUGAGGCUAUCACGUCAUGGACUUCUACAAGGAUGGAGCCCUGAACCCCUCAGUACAGAACCUUGAGUUGUGAAGAUGGCUCAAAUGGGUUGUCAACUAUUAGCAAAUGAACAUGUAAUAACAGCCACAUGCAGUGAGAAUUUUUGAAGGCUGAUUAAGACAGGAAGGUAAUGACCUAUCAAACUUGUGCCCGUAACUGAGAAGAACUUUCCAAUCGUUCAGUGCAUGUGAACUGCUUGUGAUGGUCGGCAUCAAAGAAGUGAUGUCGCUGAACAUUUUCAAUCAAGCUGCAUGCACUGUGAGUGAAUGCAGUUGGAACAACGAUAGACAUGUUGGCACACAAGGCCCUUGUCUUAUGUGAUAAAAACAACCUAGUUCUUCUGGUGCGGUAUUGUCUUGCUGUCUCAGUGAAGUAAUAGUAUCUUCCAUGAUAUUUGACUGCUACCUUAAAGGAAAAUUGUCUUGUGGAGUAAAAAUAAAUUAUACACAUUUAUAGACUAAAACUGAAUGGGAAAAUUGUCAAAUGGAAAUAACAAUCCUUCUAAUGACGAGUUUGAAAAACUGUUUUUGAUUCAACAACUGUGAAUCCAGAAAGGUCUUCUGAACUCUGAAGUUGAAUUUGUUUAAGAGCCUGAUCACAGAUUUUUUUUUUCAGCAGUAAAGUGAAUGCUACUCUCUUGAGUUAACUUUGAAUAUUUAAUAAGGUAAUAAAUAUGCGUUUGGCCAGUUAUAAACAAGCUUGUUUCAGAUCGGCUUGGCCGUCAAAGCUGUGAAAAUGACCCUCGUCUUUGGUUGGGGUCAUUAUCAGCUUUUAUCAGUAAAAGUAGAUGAUAUGCAUCAGGGCCAUUCAUAUGUAUAUGUUUUCAUACAGUUCAGCAAAAACUCUGAAAGUUUUGUAUGUAAACUUCUCUACUUUUCCACUUUGUGUGUUUGUUUCCCCUCUUCUGUACACAGUGUACAUUAAGAUGAUUUAAAUGACAUGAAAAGGCCGUUACUACCAUCGGUAAUCUAGGAGAUUGUUCAAGAAAAACAAAACCUAGUAUAAAAAUUAUCAACAUCUGAAAUUCUUUUUUCCUAAUAUUAGCAAACACAACACUGUACAUGGAUAUGCCACCGAAUAUAACCUGACAGUUGUAAAUUUAAAAAAAGACUGACUUUGAUAAUUUCGAUAAUUUUCAUUUACUGAAAAUGGUUCACUUGGGAGACGUUCCCAUAGGAACGCGCACAAAAUUUUUUCAAACUCUACCAUCCCAUAAUUCAAUAUUCCCUAAUCCGAUCUUAACCAAACUUUGCACGUUUUCC